AUGUCCACCCCUCCGCUGGCGGCAUCGGGGAUGGCGGCCGGGCCUUUCGCCGGACCCCAGGCUCAGCAGGCCGCCCGGGAGGUCAACACGGCGUCGCUCUGCCGGAUCGGGCAGGAGACUGUCCAGGACAUCGUGUACCGCACCAUGGAGAUCUUCCAGCUCUUGCGGAACAUGCAGCUGCCAAAUGGAGUCACGUACCACACCGGAACUUAUCAAGACAGGUUAACAAAACUACAGGAUCAUCUCCGGCAGCUUUCUAUUCUCUUCAGGAAGCUGAGAUUGGUCUAUGACAAAUGCAAUGAAAACUGUGGAGGGAUGGAUCCCAUUCCAGUAGAGCAACUUAUCCCAUAUGUGGAAGAAGAUGGAUCAAAGAAUGAUGAUCGAGCUGGGCCCCCUCGAUUUGCCACUGAAGAGAGGCGAGAAAUUGCUGAAGUGAAUAAAAAACUCAAACAGAAGAAUCAACAGCUGAAGCAAAUUAUGGAUCAAUUACGAAACCUCAUCUGGGAUAUCAAUGCCAUGUUGGCCAUGAGAAACUAAGCUGAUGUUUAAACGUCCUGCUUUACACGUUAUUCUGUGUUUUUUUUCCUUUCGAAGAAGAUUAUUUAUCUGUUUUUAUUUUAGUCAAUAGACCUAAUUUUCCUAUUUUUACAUUGUAGUUUUUAUGUUAAAGGAUUGUUUUUAAAAAAUGAUUUCACAGAAGAAUAUUGUAAUAAACUUUGAAAGGAUUUGUGUUUUUGUUAAUCUUCAUGAAUUGAAUAAUUGUUUUUUAAAAGCAAAAUAAAAUUUUGUAAAUAAAUUUUUAAAUUUGA